AUGCUGCACCUCCAUACCUGACAGCGCCAUAAACAUUCCAAGGAGUCGAACAGGUCGUAUAUUCAUUCACCAUGGCUACUUUCGCCAAGUCUACAUUUGGUCAUGCCUCGUACGCUGCCUUUCGACCUUCAUACCCGACCAGUCUCUACAAUGCCGUCCUAGCCUACCAUCGCGGUCCGAAACGAUUCUGCCUUGACCUUGGAUGCUGCACCGGUAUAGCGACGCGUGAAAUGAGCAAGCGCUUCGAAAGAGUCGUAGGCACGGACCCGUCCGCAGGCAUGGUAAAGCAGGCACAAGAGCGAGCAGCGAAAGAGCAAUCGUCAAACAUCGAGUUCAGACAAGCUUCAGCCGAGGCUUGUGAAUUCAUCCGCGACGGCGAGGUCGACUGUGCAAUGGCCGCACAAGCCGCACAUUGGUUCGACUUCUCUCGUCUGUGGCCGGAGAUCAAUCGCAUCGUGAGACCUGGCGGCACGCUGGCAUUCUGGGGAUACAAAGACCAUGUGUUUGUGGAUUUCCCCAAAGCUAGUGAAAUCAUGAUGUCUUAUGCCUAUGACAAGCAUCCAGACAAGCUAGGAUCGUAUUGGCCUCAGCCUGGUCGAUCGUAUGUUCAGGACAAGCUGCGGGUCAUCCAACCGCCUGCUGAACAUUGGGACGACCUUCGGCGGAUCGAGUAUGAGCCUGGCACUAAUGGCAAGCAUACUGGCGAGGGCACUCUGUUUAUGGAGAAGACUGUUAGCGUGGGUGAAUGCAAAGAGUAUGUGCGCACGUGGUCGUCAUAUCAUGGCUGGAAGGAAGCGCAUCCGGGCCAGGAAGCUCGUUCGAAAGGCGGGAAUGGCGAUAUCAUGGAUCGAAUGUUUGACGAGCUUGCCCAGAGCGAUUCGCAUUUUCGCAAUGAUGAGAAUCUCGUGGAUAUUGAAUGGGGCUCGGCGUUGGUUAUGGCGAGGCGCAAGUGAAGCUACCGUGCCUUUACGCAUACGUGUGGAAGAUGCGUGUGGAAUACUUCUCAGGGCCCACAAAGAUUUUUACCUC